AUUUAUUUUAUUGUUUCGUUUUUGACCUUUGUUCAUUUUUAAUGAUCGGAUACCGACUGUUGUAACGAAGAUGACGGAUAAUGACAAGAGUUGUCCUCCGGCAAAGGAAGUUGAGGAUUUCUUAUUUAAACAAGCAAGUAUCGGUCAGAUAUGCGAUGGCUUUCCAAGUGUCCCCAUAAAUGCUAAUCUCAUUGCUGCUGAUGGUAAACGAGGUUUACUGUACAUAGGGUACGAGAAUAAGUUGAUUGUUACAAAGCCUGGAGUUGAUACAAACCCGGAAUGGAAAUUCGAGUUGGAUUUGCCAGAUAAAGUGUGUCGUAUAGCACUAAGCUGUGACUGUUCAUUUUUAGCAAUUACCUUUAGUAGACCUUCGGCUCUCAUUUAUGAUGCCAGUUCCCUCCAUAGACAAGUAUUGGAUUUGCUUCAUGAAAUCAGAUUAUCUACUGGUGGUGGAAAUGUUAUUGUAUCCGACCUGAAAUGGAACCCAGCUAUACCAGAGAUGUUGUGCUCCAUUACAAGUGAUCAUACAGUUGGUUGUUUUCAAGUGAGUAGAGAUCGAAAAGCUGGUGUUCAGAUACUGGGAAUGGAGAAGGUCCAAGGUUUGGAAGCUUUAUGUGUUUCAUGGAGUCCUAAAGGCAAACAGCUAGUAGUCGGCUGUAAAAAUGGAGAUAUUGUUCAACUUAAGCCAGAACUAAAAGUAGCUAGACAUUUGCCUGGGCCCACACCAAAUGAAGGGCCCAUAAUUUCAAUGUUGUGGGUUAGCAAUUAUCAGUUUUGUGCCUGUUAUUUUCACACUGGGGAACAGCGUGUCAGUGUCAUGAUUGUUGAUGCUCCAAAAGGUACAACAGUCCCAACAUUUACAAACUACGAAGAUAUAACAUUUGGAACUGGUCCACUAGACAAUCUUGUUUACUACUUUGAGCAUAUAGCAGAAUGGGGAGUAAUUAUAGCAGCAAGCUCUCACAGUUCUGAAGUAGCUGUUUUAGGUACAGCAGACAAUGGGAUAACUUGGAAUCAGUAUAAUCUUGUGGAUGACAGCACUGCUCAAUUACCUCUGAAUAGAAAGAAAGGUAUUGAAAAUUAUCCAGUAGGUGUGGUAAUAGAUAAGUCCUCCGCACAGAAAUUGCCUUGGGGAAGCGAAAGCACUCUGCCAAAUCCAGUUCCUAUUUUAAAAAUAUUAGUCACUAGUGGCCAAUUGUGCUGUUUCCAUAUGGUGAAUUUAAAACCUAAUACACCAGCUAUCUGUGCAGCUCCUACAGAGAACAUUCCAGCUCCUGCUGUUCCAAGACCAAGCAUUGGUCCAACUGAUGUAUCCUUCAAUUUGCCACAAGGAGCAACUAGCACACCUCGCUCAAAGCAAGCUGCUGCUAUUGCUGCAGCUGCUGAUAGUCAUGCAGACAGGCCAAAAUUGACAACCAACCUUUUCGAAGACAAAGUUUCCUCCAGUUUUUCAUUUCUGGCACCAGGAAACAAAAAUUUUGCUGGAGUUCCAGCCCAGCCUGAAAUUAAAAGUACAGGCUUCGCAGCUCCAACAGAAAUAAAAACUGGUGGUCUCUUUGGACAGGGAGAUGGUAAAUCUAACUUAUUCCAGCAAGAGAUGAAGAUCAACAAACCUGCAUUCGGCAUGCCAGAACCAGUUCAACAAAUCAAGCAACCAAUGCCCACUCUACAACAACCAACUGCCCAGCCACAAUUCAAGCCUGCUGAGCCUUCAUUGAAUUAUCAGGUCAGAUCAGAAUUCAAAGUUCCAGAGGUCAAUGCUCAACCCCCGCAAGUCGAGCAUAAAAUUCAAAACGAAAAACCAAGUGGUCCACCGCCGACGUAUCAAGCUUCGCAGGAAACCAAAUCCACACAGCAAAAAGAUACUCCGCCAUACGACGAAAACCUCUGUCUGCGCGCCUACUACGAGGAACAUGCACGGUUCGAGAAAGAACUAAAAAAUCGUCAGGAUAAUCCAUCCUGGAACUGUGGUACGGAGGAAGAACGCCAGCUGCUCAUCAAGAAGUCCGAUGAGAUCGACGAAUUUCUGCGCGAGCUGCGAGAAACGACUAACAGCUUGGCCAGCGACAUAGCUUACCUGAAAGCUCUAUUGUUGCAGUCGUUCGCUUGGAUCGAAGAGUCCAAGUCCAAGAACUCGGCCAACGUCAGCGUUACCGGUAGCAGGAAUCGAGAUAACAAACUCGCAGAUUUGCAGAGGCUGUACUAUUAUACGCAAUCGCAGCUGAUCCAGGCGACAAAGGUCCUGGACCUGGAGUGGGCUGAACACAACAAUCGAGAAUUCUCAAAAAUGAAGAUACCCAGUUUGGAGGUGAUAUAUCAGAGCCUCAUCAGGUACAGUCAGAUCAUCGCACAAGAGAAGAAGAACCUGGACGAUUUGACCAGGAAGUGGCGGGCUAUCGCUAGAGGGGGUGCAGGAAACGCCAACAGUAGUCUGACUAUUUUGGAUAGGUCGAUGGCUAGUUUGAAUCUGUCGCAUAACUCGAGUGUCACAGUGAGCGAUACUGCGAUUGACUUGCGGUGCAAGUUUAUCGCCAAUAAUACUAAGAAUUUCAGUAGAGAAAAGCAGAUGAAGCUUAGGGAUCUGCUUUCCGAGUCCGCCCCGAGAAUCGUCCGAGCAGUGAGACCCACUGCUGUGCAGGAUCGCCUGGAAGCAACUCUGUCUUCACUGGCUUCCUUGAAAACCGCUGAGACGACACCCAAGUCUAGGACCACUAAGUCCGUGCUAGAUGCACAGCAGAAGGUGGAUAUCAGCAAAUCACCAAUGGAACUUCCAAAACCGAAAACUCACAAUCCGCUAUCGUCUCUCGACAACUUAGUAUCCGGAAUAGGUGGUGGUAGUCCCGGUGGCUUGUCUCUCAGCAAGUCCCCAAGCUCUACUACGCCGUUCUCGUCGUUCGGUACCAAGCCAUCCUUUGUACCAUCUGCAGCGCCACAGUUCAAGGCUAAGGAGAAUAUAGGCAUGUCCUUCGGCCAGGCGAUAAUGAGUCAUCAAGCCCAAACAGCCGCUAUUAAGUCCUUCGGUAAGAUGGAUUCCAUCAGCUUUGGUAGUCCAGUCCAGCACCAACAGACGCCGCAGAAACUUCCGGAGCUCCAGGCUGUUAAGGAAAAUCAGACGACUGCGAAACCGGCUCCAAAUGAUCAGAACAAGUUCCCGACGUUCUCCAGCACAUUCAGUAAGCCAUCCGAGGGCAGUCCAGUGUCAUCAGUGACGACGCCGACCAUGGUACCAAAGUCUACGUUCAGCUUUCCCUCGUCGACAACCUUCCCUAUAUCACCUCCUGGUAGCAACACGUUUGCAAGCGUACCGAAGCUGGACAAUGCCUUCAAAUUCUCAACGAAACCGGCUUCUCAGCAGCACAGCCCACCUGCCCCUGGAGGACUGGAUAUGUCAACCUUAAACUUUAGCACGCGUCCAGGAUUGAGCAUCACACCGACUGUUACUACCCCUCCUUCGGAGAGCAAGUCUUCUGGUGCAACCUCGCCGACAGUAUCCUCAAGUCUAAGCUUUGGCAAAACCUCCUCACCAAGCUCCAUGUUUGGUUUAUCUGGUGCUCAGCCAGUUGCAACCGCUGCUGCAGCUGGUUUAAGCCUCCAGUCCCUCUUUGGUAAGUCAUCGGGAACACCAGCUGUGUCGUCGAGUGCGGAUAAGGCUGCAGUGUCGAUGGCUGCAGCGACAACCACGCAGGCGACGAUUACUUCGACAGCAUUGUCUGCGGCAGCAACGGGAACCUCUGCUGCGCCAACUUCCGUGUUUGGUAACUCCUCGAUGUUCGGUGGUCUGAGUGCUUCCAUUGCACCAACUUCUAGUUUUGGUUUGGCGCCCUCAUCGACGGCAGCUAUGGCUGCAGUCACUACUACCACUUCCGCUGCCCCUGCGUCAACACCAGCUGCGACAUCGGCUACGGCAGCUACGACCACGGUUGCGGCUACACCUACGUUGUCAUUUGGUGGACUAUCGACGUCGACUCCUUCGUCAACACCAGGCUUCGCUGGUAUGCUGGGUGCAACGGCAUCGUUGAGCUUUGGAACUCCAUCCUCUACGGGGGCAUCGAUAACCCCAGCCUUCGGCAAGAGCACAACCCCUGCAACAGCCAAUAUUUUUGGCAGCACGGCAGCAGCUACUGGUGCAGCUUCUCCCGCAUCCGCUACCUCGAUCUUCGGUGGUAAAACUUCCGAUGGUAGUACCGCAGUGUCAUCGGCUUCCUCGCCUUUUGGAGGAACCACGUCUACAGCAACGACUACUACGACGACAACCUCAGUAUUCGGAGGUAUGGCAGCGGCUACAUCCACACCUUCGAUGUUCGGAGGACAGACUGCAGUGAGCAGUAGUACAGAAAACAGUUUCUUCAGUACGAAACCUGCUGCUACUGCUACGACAGUGGCAGCAACAGCUGCAGCUCCGACUGCAUCUAUCUUUGGUGGUAGCGCUACAACGACACCAAGUGCAGGUUCGAUGUUUGGUAGCAGUGGUACUAGUGCCCCAGCGUUUGGAAGUAGCACCGCCACUAUUCAACAAAGCAACGUUUUUGGAGCGAACAGCACAACUCCAAGCAGCGGAACCUCGCUCUUCGGAGGUACUCCCGCUACAUCAUCCGUCUUUGGUGGAUCAGGAUCUGCUCUCGCGACUCCAAUAUUUGGAGCGUCCUCUGCUACUCCUGCUGCUUCGACAACGGCAACAACUGCGACCAACUCAGUAUUCGGCGGCGCGGCAUCGACCGGUUCUAUCUUUGGAGGUGCAACUGCAGCUCCAGCUACUGGCGGCUCUGUAUUUGGUGCGAGUACCACUCCAACAUCCUCAAUCUUCGGUGGAGCUUCAGCGACGUCCACGAGUACGACAACACCAGCACCGGCUGGUUCGAUAUUUGGCGCCAGUGCGGCAUCACCUCCAGCAGCUGGUGGAAAUAUUUUUGGAGCCGCUGCGGCAAGUCCCACUAGCCCAAGUGGAGGAUCAGUCUUCGGCGGUCCGCCAGCUCUUGGAGGCGGAACUUCGAUGUUUGGAGGUGCAGUUUCAUCUGGAGGCAUGGGCUCAUCCUCAGUGUUCGGACAGCCCUCGGCCUUUGGAGCAAAACCUGCCUUCGGUUCACCACCGACUGAUUUUGGAGCGGCAAAGACUGGUUUUGGAUCAACUGGAUUCGGAUCACCACCGGCAUUCGGAGCGGCACCUACUGCAGGUUUUGGGAAUCCAUCAGGCUUUGGAUCAACGUCUCCUUUAGGAGCUUCUACAAGUCCUAGCAAAGUGUUUGGUAGUAGUACAUUUGAGGCUCUAGGAGCUCAGUCAGGAGGAUUAUCUUUUGGCAGUUUAGCACAAAAGACUCCAGAACCACAAAAGCCUCAAGCUUUUCAAGGAUCAAGUUCAUUCUCGAGCUGGCGUUAAAAUUCCAGAUCUUUUUGAUAAUGUACAUGAAUUUUCAAUAAUUGCGUAGCACUAGGAGUCACAAGGAGUCGCUAAUAAUUAUUUUUAUAUAUUAUAUUUUUUGCUGUAAAGUUUUUGAUGGUAAAGAACUUUUUUAAGAAUAUGUCAUUUAAGAAGCGUAGAAUAAGAAAAGCUUAAACACGCGAGUUUUUGUUUUUUGUUUUCUUUUUUAAUAAAAAAAAGUUGAAAAAAAUUA